UGUGUUUGUUCAAGCAAACUGUUGAACCAUUUUUCCAAAUGCACUUGAUUGUUGUUCUUAUUUGCUCGAUAGUUUUUAAAGCUGUAUUGUGGAGCCAGACCAGAAUGAGCUACGUUAUUUUUUUCUGUUCUUGUUUGACUGCUGGACUCGCAGUGUCAUCUUCUCUUAGGAUUCUGGACAAGCGUCCAGACUGCAAUCAACAGGGUCUUGACAACUGCAAAAUUAAUAACUGCUCAGACAAACGCACAGUCGCACAACUUGCUCCUAGCGGCCCAGAAUGGGAUCCUGAGCAUGUGGGAGUCUGGAUGGACGAACAUGGGCUUGAUUCUGUUGUGAAUGUGACCUGGAAACUAAAGGCUGAUGCAGGUAUAUUCAAACUUCAUGGAUCAGAGAUAAAUAUUCUGGAUGAAAAUACAAAUCAAAGCAUGUGUGUGCAGUUUUCAUACAAUUUCAGCCAACAGCGGAAUCCAAACGAUAGACAGUGGACAUUUUCCUUGGAUGGAGUUGUGGUAGAGCCAGGGCAAACAUAUGUGAUGACCAUUUUUAAUUUGCCAGAACCUGCAAAUGGAGACUACAGGAUUAGAAAGCAAAUUACCAUCCCAGGAUGUGACGACAGGAGAAUCCAGAAGACCCAAAUGUGUCUGCAAAAUGGUAGUCUAUGGGAUCCUCACAUAACUGCUAAUGUGUCUGUGGAUAAGGAACAUAGAAAGUUAUCCAUUGUUGUGGGUUUUGAGGCAGCACAAUAUUCUGAGAAAUACCAGGUCUCCAUCCAGAGUCAGAGUUUCUAUUACUCAAAGAACAUCUCAAAGGAAAACGAAACAUCGCUAAAUGUGAAAUUUGAGGUUGGUUUGUGGCAGCUCCAUGAAUGUGAAAUAUUGUUAGUGGUUCAGCCAUUUUUUAUUCAGUGCAAGAAUGACUGUUGGUGCCCCAAGAAAAUAAUCAAUAACUGUCUGUAUUAUCCACCACGGACCUUAAUUAUAAAGGCAACUGUGGGGCUGUUUCUCAUUGGUUGUUAUCUUAUCUUUUUACUGUGGAGAGCUUCUCAUAAAGAUCCUGUGAUCCCAUCCUCAUCUGCUGCCAAAGAACAACCAGAAGGCUUUCAAGUGCAAGAGAGAAAAAGAGUCCUCAUCAUCUAUUCCCUCGAUCACCCAUUAUACAAAAACACUGUUCUCAAGCUUUGUGCCUUCCUGGCGACCAAAUGUGGCACUGAAGUGGUCCUGGAUCUGCUGGACUCUACAAGACUGGGAGUGUUGGGAAGCAUCCAGUGGUUGGACUGGCACAGAGAACAAAUAGAAAGGUCUUCAGGUAAGAUAUUAGUAUUGUGCUCUCGGGGAGUACAAGCCAAAUGGAGAGCCAUGUGUGGUGACAAACAGGUUUUUCUGAGAGAGGACGCCCGCUCACCCAUAGGUGACAUGCUCAGUCCAGCCCUCAGCCUCAUCGUCCCCCAUUUUAUCAGAUCUGCGUCGUUUGAAAAGUACAUAGUGGCUUACUUUGAUGAUGUUUGUUCUGAAGAGGAUAUCCCUUCACCUUUCAACAUUACGGUCCGAUACAAGCUGAUGAAACAGUUUGAGGAAAUCUUUUUCAGGAUCCUGGGCACUGAAAAGCACGGACCCGGCAGAGUGAAUCACAUUGAAGGGCUUUCAGAGGAGGAGUACUAUCACUGUGCCUCAGGUAGAGCCCUGCGGGAUGCCAUAGAGGCUUUUUAUGCGUACCAGCUGGAGCAUCCACAGUGGUUUGAAGAUGAAUUACUGGAAAGCUCAGAGUUGCAGGUUGAGGAGACCUCAGCUGAGAUCUAUGACAAUGCAGAAACAACCACAACCCUCAUUACACAUUGUGUGCCUGAUUCAGCUCACAUCCUCAGUCAUGUAAAGGCACAAGAAAGUGAUUUUGCUAUGGACACAACAGGACUUAACAUGGCUGAAGAGUUUUAAAUGUGCACCUCAGUUGAGUUCAACCGUCUUAUUGUUGAAAACGUGCUGCCAGUUUAAUGUACAGUAAUCACUGUAUGUGAUUCAAGUUUUGAGACAACUAUAAAGAUCUUUUCCACUUUUCGAAGAAACUUUCAAGUCUUGUUCUGUCUCUGUUUUUACAUUUUGGCACAUAUUUGUUAUUGCCUUAUAUUUAUAUAUAGUUUCUUUUGUUGUCAUUUAUAAGUAUUAGGUGCACUUUUUAUUGAUGUGCUGUGCACUUCGCUUUGUAUGGCCCUUGGUGGUCAGCUCUGGUUGUUUCAAAUGCACUAUAUAAAUAAACUUGAUUGGAUUGGA